AUGGCGGCUACUCUACAUCAGUGGGCACUGCCCCGUCUGCAACAGCUCUUACCGCUCGACGACGACAGCCUGAAGCAGGUGUUGCAGUAUGCAGAAUCACUACCCAAAGAUGCUGCAGCAGAGCACUUGAAGAAUCUAUUAGGCGAUGAGCCGAAGUCGCUGGAGUUCAUCUCGAGUUUCAAUAUGCGACGACAGAAUGCCCCAGCGUCCUCUCAAGCACAGCAGCAACCGAUGGGCAGUCGAAGCGCACACCCAACACCAGCAGGAUCUCAGCAUGACGGCAUACCGAGAGGUGGGGCUAGAGGCGGCAGGGGAGGCAAGAAGAGGGCGAAUAUUCACGCCUUACCAGCAAGGCAGGUCGAGCGUCAAGGCCAGGUUGGCGGAGCGUAUGUCAAGCACGAUGAGGAGGAUUACAUGCCUCGAGCAGAGCGAGCACGGCAAACGCACAAAGAACAGAUGACGGACAACAUGGCACUGCGAGAGCGGGCACCAGAUGCUACACAAAUGCCACUCAUCACCGACGAUGCAUCUGCUACUACCAAGCCCACCACCUCAAAGCUGCCACCCUCCGCAGCAGGAGCUCUUGUUUCAGACUCGUUGUCGCCACGCAAAUCACAAGCCUCCCGGACAGCAUACCCAGCGCCGAAGACUAAGAUCAAUAUUACUGGAGGUACAGCAAUGCAUGGUGCUUCUUCAGCUUUGUCCGACCUCGAUAGCGCUAUUCGUACCCUCGAAAUCCAGACCAACCCAUCCCUGUCCAUGACCGAUGCCGAGAACGACAGGCGGAAGUGCAACUGUAUGGCUACACGUCAUCCUCUCCUGGACAUCGCGCCGAACUGUCUGAACUGUGGCAAGAUCAUUUGUGUCAAGCAAGGUCUUGGACCAUGUACCCAUUGUGGUUCGCCCCUGUUAAGCUCUGACGAGGUUGGAAAGGUUCUGCGUGUCCUCAAAGAUGAGCGUGGUGAUGAGAAGCAGAAAGCGAACAACGCUUCGCACAAGAAGGCAGAUGUUGCUCAUGGAAAAGCACGAGCAUUUACUGGUCGUGACUUUCUUGCGCAAGCGUCCACCUCUGCUCGCUCGUCGCCACUAUCGUCCGGUCCUGGUACACCUGUGGAGUCGGAGGAUGAAGCUACGAACAAGGCCAAGGCACAUCGAGAUAAGCUACUAAACUACCAGGCGAACAAUGCACGGCGUACGCAGAUACAUGACGAAGCGGCCGACUACGAUAUACCUACAGCUGGCACUAACAUGUGGGCUUCGCCUGCUGAGCGUGCACAGCAACUGAAACGGCAACAGAAGAUGAAGCGAGAAAUGGAAUGGAACGCCCGGCCAGACUACGAGAAGCGGAGAGUGGUCGCUUCGAUCGACGUAGUGAAAGGCAAAGUCGUCCGACGAAUGGCGGAUGUAGAGAAACCAGAUUUCUCGAAGGAAGAUGAGGCCGAGCAGACGGAAGACUAUCAGAUGCCUGUCUCGCAAGGCGAUGGUCAGGGAGCUUUCAGUAACAAUCCGCUGGCUGCCGGUCUGAUCAGACCGAUGGCUAAAGAGGACAAGGGCAAAGAUGCGGUCAGGGAGAAGACGACUACUUGGCGACGUGUGCAGAUGGAUGCUGAUGACAAUGAGGGGUGGAUUCUGGAUGGUGGUCUUUAUGGUGGGAAGGUUCCUGAGGAUCGCAUCUUGAGCGAGGAUGAGCAUGCUUUUGGCUGA